UGGGAGGCUUGACCGCUGCCCUAACCGGCCUAUCCGGUCGUCAUUCGACUCUCUUCGAUUCUAUAUAAUACAAAAUCCGAUCCCCAAUUAACUCGGUCUCAUCGUUUUCCAAAUUCUCGAAUCGAAAGGGGAAAAAAUCUAAUUCGAAUCAAACCGAAGUAGAUUAGAUGCGACAAUGUCUUCUGCAGUUAUGGAGCCAGUGCCUGUGACUUCACAAAAGCAUGACCCGGCUUGGAAGCAUUGCCAAAUGUACAAGAAUGGGGACAGGGUUCAGCUCAAGUGUAUAUACUGUGGGAAAAUUUUUAAGGGUGGUGGGAUUCAUAGGAUUAAAGAGCACCUUGCAUGUCAAAAAGGGAAUGCAGCUACUUGUUUGAGAGUUCCAUCAGAUGUUAGGUUCCAAAUGCUAGAAAGUUUGAAUGGGAUUGCUGUUAAGAAGAGGAAAAAACAGAAACUUUCCGAAGAGAUGUCGGGUAAUUUUGAUAAUCCUGAAACUAGUGGGGUUGAUGUGUUGAACCAUAAUUCUGGUUUGAAUACUGAGGUCGAUUUGCUUCCUGUGCCCGAAAUGCACGAACAGAAUGCAGAAGUGCUCGUAAAUAGAGAAGAUACUGUGAUCAACAAAGUAGGUGGUAGAAAGAAGAAAGGAAGAGUUAGGAAAGCCCCUCCUGCGGCCAAUCAUAAUGCAAUUGUCUUGAGUAAUAUGGAGAAUAUGAACUCGAAGAAGGUGCAUAGUCCAGUACAUAUGGCAAUAGGGAGGUUUUUCUUUGAUGUUGGAAUACCUUUAGAUGCUGUAAACUCUGCUUAUUUCCAGCCGAUGGUUGAUGCAAUAGCAUCGCACGGACCAGGGGUUACUGGUCCCUCUUACCAUGAUAUUCGGAACUGGAUUUUGAAGAAUUCAGUUCAAGAAGUGAGGAAUGAUGUUGAUCGCUGCAGAGAAGCUUGGGGAAGGACUGGUUGCUCAGUUUUAGUAGACGAAUGGAGUUCGGAAAGGGGUAAGACAUUUGUGAACUUUUUGGUGUAUUGUCCAGAAGGAACAAUUUUCUUGAGGUCCCUGGAUAUAUCCCACAUCAUAGAUUCUACUGAUGCCCUUUAUGAAUUGCUCAAGAAGACAGUGGAAGAAGUUGGUGUGAGAAAUGUGAUGCAAGUGGUAACUAGCAGCGAAGAGCGUUAUGUUAUAGCUGGAAAUAGACUGACUGAUACUUAUCCUUCUGUAUUUUGGACUCCUUGUGCUGGACAUUGCAUAGACUUGAUGCUUGAGGAUAUAAGAGAACUGGAUUGGGUAAAAGUUAAGCUAGAACUAGCAAAAUCAAUCUCUAGAUACAUCUACACUAAUAGCGUUGUUUUGACCACGAUGAGGCGAUAUACAUUUGGAGUUGAUUUGGUUGAUAUAGGAAUCACACGGUCGGCUACAGAUUUUAUGACACUGAAACGAAUGGUGAAUAUCAGACACAAUCUUCAAUCCAUGGUUACUUCUGAGGAGUGGAUGGGGAGCCCUUUCUCAAAGAAACCAGAGGGGUUAGCUGUACUAGACUGUAUCAGUGAUCAGUCUUUCUGGGCCACCUGUGUGUCAAUUGUGCGGUUAACUGAUCCACUCUUGCGACUUCUGAAAAUAGUUGGUAGUGCAAAGGGGCCCGCUAUGGGGUUCAUUUAUGCAGGACUAUAUCGAGUGAAAGAAACAAUUAAGAAGGAACUCGCUGAUAAAACAAAAUACUUAACUUAUUGGAAUAUCAUAGAUCACAGGUGGGAACAACUUCAGCGCCAUCCCCUUCAUUCUGCAGGUUUCUAUUUUAACCCCAAGUUUUUCUACAGUCUUGAAGGAGAUGUGCAUCUUCAUAUUCGGUCACUAGUGUAUGAUUGUAUAGAGAAAUUGGUUUCUGACCCAAAGAUUCAGGACAAAAUUGUGAAGGAAACAGCUUCUUAUCAUAGUGGGACAGGAGACUUUGGUCGGAAGAUGGCUAUCAGAGCUAGGGACACUUUACUUCCCACUGAGUGGUGGUUAACGUAUGGUGGGGGAUGCCCUAGUUUGGCUCGCUUGGCUAUCCGCGUUCUUAGUCAAACUUGCAGCUUGAUUCUGCGUAAUCCAAUUCGAACACCUCUUGAAUGUGUACAUGAAAAGAAAAACUGCCUGGAGCAUCAGAGACUCAGUGACCUUGUUUUUGUUCAGUACAACAUGUCCUUGAGGCAAAUGGUUUUGAGUGACAAAGAACAGGAAACUCUGGAUCCUAUUUCAUAUGACAUCUUUAGUAUUGUUGAGGACUGGAUCAUGGACAAAGAAUUAAUCUCAGAGGGCUCCGAGAAUUCAGACUGGACGGCUGUUGAUCCACCUUUAGGUAACACUGCCCUCUUAGGACCACCAAUUGAUGAUGUUGAAGCAUUGGGAGGAGGAUUUGAUGAUUAUGAAAUUUUUGAUGGGGUGAAAGUUGAAGAAGAAAAUGACGGAGAAAACCUUGCGAGUCAAUAGAUUCUUGCAAAUGAAAUUCCCAAUUUCUUUUCAGAGGAAACUGAAGAUGGUUAGGGGCUGAUUCUGACCAACAAUUGGUAAUUGGUUGGAAAAAAGUUUGAGGACUGGACAACAGUGUAAAUAUACUUGGUUACUGAUGAUGUUGAAUAUGAAUAUAGGUAAUUACGAUUUACGAUUUGCUGAAGGAAAUUUUUUAUUAAAUUUCA